AUUUUCGAUAACCUUCCUAGAGCUGUGGCCUUAUUAGGGUCAUGGGUGCAAUUCCAGGUAGGGGAUUUUUUUCUGGUGUGGUCCACGAUCUUCAGUAAUGAAGGAAUGACUGAAGAGAGAGAGAGAUAAAUAAAAUAAUGAACAUGUACCACAACCACGUAAAAAAUAUGAUAAUUUAUGCUUCGUUUAACAUUAAAUUUAUCAUUGCCAUAACAUAUUUUAUAGCUGUUAAUUGGAAGCUAUGUGAAGCUAAGCUGCGUAUUAUUGGAGGCAGGGAUGCACUUAAAGAUGAAUACCCUUUUGCUGUUCGGUUGGAACAACAGUAUACGAAGACUAUUAAUGGUAAAACAGAAUUUAACUAUUACCCAUUGUGCUCAGGGGCCGCAAUCACUCCUACUUGGAUAUUAACUGCAGCACAUUGCGAUAGCGAUGAAGUAUUGAAACUAUAUUUAAAUAUGCUUAUCACAACUAAACCUCGAAAAUUUGCAAGAUAUAAUAGCUACUUUCCUAAAGAAAUGGGUCACUUAAGUCCUAUACUUAAAGAAUAUAACCACCCUAGUUACACUUAUAUUCGAUCCGAUUUCAAUGUAAGAAUAAGAACAAAAUAUGAUAUUGCAAUAUACAAGACCGAAAAUGUAUUAGUUAGUUACUAUGGAAAUAUCAGCCCAAUAGAAUACACGUCUUUUAUAGGACAUGAAGCUGUCGUACUAGGCUUUGGUAGUACUAAUGCUACUCCAACGGAAACGCAUUUGCAAGUGUUAGAGGGCAUGUUGUUAAAAUGUGACGAAAGAGAGGGUCAUGUGCAUGGUAUGUUUUGCGUAGUGCCACGCUGUGGACUGGAUGCAACGAUCUGUAGUGGAGAUUCCGGUGGACCUAUCAUUCAUGCUUCAGGAAUUGUGGGCGUCAAUGCCAUAUCUAUGGGAAACUGCAAUGAGCAUGGCCACAAACUGUACCCAGGAGCAGCUUCAGCUGUGAUUUCUAUGGUCAGUCCUUUUAUUGAUUGGAUAUCGAAUAUUAUGGCCAAUAAAACGAAUGAGAGAUCGUACAAAAUCUUUUUUUUUUCAAUGAAAAAUGUUGUGCUUCUGCUGGGGCUUUGGACUGUAGUUUUAGUUUGA